GUUUCGUAAUUGUUGCAAAUUCUGCAAAAACUGCUAAUUAUCUUCGAUUUUUGAUUCUCUUUUUUGCGAAAUGAGUGACUGGGUGCAUUGCAAUAAAUGCUGCAUAAAGUACGGCGGCCAAACCAGCUUUUUCCUGGUGGAAUGCGGCCACAUUUUCUGCCAGCGUUGUGUGGAAACGAUAAGAACGACCCGAAAAUGUGUCCUGUGCAACAAGAGUGGCAAUAUUUUACCUCUGAACAAAGAUUUGGAGCAAUCGGUUCUCGAUUUUUUCCUCCCGAUGGAGAAUAUCUUCAGAAAGGGGAGCGAGAUCUACAGGUUUCAACUCCAACAACGCACUUUGUUGUAUCAGAAACUGAUGGACAAGUACAACUACGCUAAAAAGGAAUAUAUGAAUUGCUCCACCAACAACAAGCACCUCCAGAAAGAAAAUCAGAUGCUUCGGUCCAUGCUGCGGGCAGGCAAGAAUUCACAGCGAUUUGUUACGAGCACCCCCGUUUCGCAGCCAUCGCUAUCCGAGGGAAACGUGACAUUCCAGAAUGCAUCGCUGUUGUCUUCCAUACCUGCUGCAACGCGAACGCCCUCUGCGAAAAUGUACCCUGGAUAUUCCAAGCGAAGUGUAAAAUAG